AUGGGUGCUAAGCAGAGCAAGCGCUCGGUGGAUAUAAGCGGCAAAGAAGCGGAGGGUGCAGGCGAAGUGGCUGCAGCAGGCGCAGGCGGUGAAGGUCGUGUAGAGCAGCUAGCCGACGCUGACGCACUGAAACCUCAACUCAAUGGCGAUGCGCACAUACACGAACAAACGGAGAACCAAAAGGACGUUGACAGUGGCACUCCAGAAAAUGAAAAAGACACUGCCACAGAGAAGGAAGCAAAAGUAAAUGAAGACGAGAAAGAAGCGGCUCCUCUAACAAACGGUGAAAGUGAGCCAAAAGUAGAGAACGGAGAUUCUACGCCAACUCCCGAAGACGGAAAGAAACCUAAAAAGGAGAAGGUCAAGAAGAAAUGGUCGCUCAGGUCGAUCAGUUUCAGCAGAAAAGACAAACCCAAACAAGAAAAAAAGCAAAAAGAAGAGGAACCUAAAACUAAUGGCGAAACAGAGAAAGUACCAGAAGAGGCGGCCGAAGUUGCUUCUGAGCCUGCUGUUGCCGAGACUGCCGAAGAAGCAAAGAGUGAAAGCGAAACUAAAGAAGAGAAGACUCCAGAAACUCCUGUGACCGAACCGAUUACUAAUGGAAGCUCUACACCUGAGACUCCUAAGGAUGAAAGCCCCGUAGUUGAAGAGCCGGUCGCGACUAGCCCUGCUGUUGACAGUCCAGAACCCCAACCUGAAACUCUACCUGAACAGUUACCUGUCAAUGGACUGUCUUUAGAAGAACCUGUAAAGGAAAUCGUGAAGGUUGAACAAAACGAGGAGAUCAAAGAAGCACCUGUGGCUGAUACGACAGAGAUUGUACCUGAAAUUCCCGUCAAAAAAGAGGUUUGUGUUGAACAAAUGCCUUUGAUAGAUUCCACGCCUCCACCACUUCCUGCGAAUCCUCCUCCUUCUUCUGUGGCAUCCUUUGCUGCCACCACAAUGGCACCAGAAUCGUCAGAUGCUUCGCUAGCUAACACCGCUGAUAACGCAAUUCCACCACCAAUUUCUGAUCCGAUCGCAAUUGAUAAACUAGAUGAACUUUCCCCUUUGUCCAAUGAAUUAACCAUCACCCCAAUUGUUAGCAAUGAACUCUCCUCUCCCCUUAAACAAGAUAGCGAAGAAGUUUCGGUUUCUAUAGCUCCGAUUGAACCUGAAACUAAUCCUGUCCCUGAAGAAAAUACGUCUAAAGUAGAAACUGUGAAAGUUGAAAGCGAAGCCGUUGAAGUGUCUGCGAUCAAUAAUGAAACAGAAAUAGAAAGUAAAGAAACCUCCGAGCAUGAUAUGGAGAUACCAGCGCCUUCGUCUGAUGACUUAGAAUUACCCGAGGAAAAGAAUGACAUAUCGAAUGGGACUGAAGAUUUACCUUCACCCCCAUCUCCGAUAUGUGAUGAAAUUGAAGUGAUAAAUGAGAAAAAUGACGUCAAAUUGGAUAAUACUCAAGUAACAAUUGCAGAAGCAACUGAUAUUGUAAUCAAUUCGAAUCACAUAUCUGAUACUGAGAAUUCGACUCCUUCUGAUAAUGACAUCGGUAGUAAAUAUUCUGAACAAAAUAUUAAGGCCAAAGACUCGUUGGGUAAUUUAAUUGAAACUAUAGAGUGUAAUGGAAACAUCGAGGACGAAAAGCUUACUUUACAAAAGGAAUCUUCUGAAAUAAUACCGCCAAUAGAUACUAAAGAAAUUAAGAACGUUGAAUGCGUGAGGACGGCGACUACACCUGAUGACUCAUUGCCUCCGUCUCUGUCGGAGGCGAACGAGUCGGCUCCGGCGGCGGGUGUUACUAGUAAUGACGAGUCGGAGUCGUUCCCGCUGCCACCCAGCGAGCUGUGCCGCUCUGAGUCCGAGCAGUCCCCGGCCGCGUCGCCCGAGUCGCCAGCCUCGCCCGCACCGGAGCCGGCUGCCGACACGCCCGCUCACACGCCACAGGAUCCUCUCCCAGUAAGCGACAAGUUGGCAGAAUUGAUCCCGGAGGUUCCCGAUGUGCCAGAACUCAAAACAGAAAUGUUGCAGGAGACGACGAGCGAUGUAGCGGUGACCAACUAA